UUUUUAGAAAAAAAUUUUUCAAAAUGGAUCAAAUUCUCGCUCUCUCUCGUCUUUCCAUAUUUUCUACUACAAAACCUAAAUUUGAUAUCAAUGGAGCCUUGACGACUCGAAGGGAGCAAAUUACAAUUUUAAUAAAUAAACAAAUUGAAGAUUUUGAAGCUAUUGGUUUUGAUGAUCGCGAAGUUGAGAAAAAGGUUUGUUUUUUAAUUUUAAAAAAUUUGAAGCUUUCUGGAUACUGGAGAUGGGUCGGAAUUCUGAUUUCAGACUUUUUUCCUUCCGAGUUCCGAAAAAAUUUUUGAUUUCCGAGUUCCGAAAAAAUUUUUGAUUUCCGAGUUCCGAAAAAAUUUUUGAUUUCCGAGUUCCGACUGGUGAGCUAGUUCCGAUUUCCGGCUCUUCCAAUUUCCGACACCUCUGACUGUUCCGACCUCUGCUGGAUACCCACUUUCUCCCUCCUUUUCCUUGUUUACGUUUUUAAAACUGAUAAACAAGGAACGGAUGGGAUAUCUAAAAACUACUGAAAAUUUUAUUUUUUAUAGAUUAAUAAGACGAUUCAGGCACACCGUGAUAAAUUGCAAAAUAUUUCAAACGAUGAAGUUAAACGUAAACUUGUUGGUGAAUAUAAACAUAAAGUCAAGAAAAAUGAAGAAGAAUGUCGUCAGGAACGUGAAAAGAGUGA